AUGUCUUUGCGUGAGAAGCUGGGGCCUACGCUGAUGAAACUGCUACCAACUGCCCCGAUCCUGUUAUCUCUGGCUGGGCACUUCGUUCUGGUCAACUUUGCGAUGCUGGUAACUAUGAUGUCGGUUGUUGACACCGAGACAAAUAUCAGCAACGGCAUCUGGCUCCCCCUCACCUACAUAUUCUACAACAUCGUCUUCUUCCAAGUCGGCAUCUGGACGCUCCAGGAUAAGGAUGGAGUUCUUCCUGUCGCCGUGGUGGUGCCCAGUCCCGCGAUGGCACGUAUCAGAGUGUUGGAAGCACAUGAUACUAACUGAUUUGCUAAAAAUAUUUUAUACUGGUUGGUAAUGGUCAUCUUGCUGUGUUGUCCAUUAAUCGUCGUUUGCGUUUGUCAUCUUUGUAUGGAGCUUUACCUAAUAAGAUUGCCCUACCCGUAUAUACGCGCGCAUAAUUAUUAUGA